AUGGCAUUCGACGAUCCAUUCAAUUCUAAUAGUAAUCUUGAGGGUGAUAAUACAACAAAUAAUUUCUAUAAUUUCAAUGAGGAAGAUCCAGCAGCCGAAUUUCUUGAACGAGAAAAACGAGAAUUAGGUGAUAUAACAGGCAAUAGUGACACCAAUUCAUUUGAAGAUCCAUUUAAUUCAAAUGCUAACCAAUUAACUAACGGUGCACAUUCGUUGACUGCAAAUUUAGGUGGUGCAAAUUCACCGAUAUUAUCAAAUAGAAAUGCUUCUCCCUACGAAGGAUUAUCUCAAUAUCACCACGAACAAAUUAAUGAGCCUGAGAAAAUUCAAAAAUGGAGAGAAGAAUUCGCAGCACGCAUUACAAAAAAAGAUACUGAAGAAGAAGUCAAAUCUAAAGAUAUGCGCGAACAAGCAAAAAAAGAACUAGAUGAUUUUCAUAAACAACGUGUUGAACAAAUGGAUCGUACUAAAGGACAAAAUCGUGUAAACAAUCGUACAUUAGAAGAUGAUUUAUCUAAUAAUUCAGCAGCAACAUCUAAUGAAAAAGUUACUGAUUGGGAUAAAAUUACAAGUUUAUGCGAAUUUAAUCCAAAAAAUAAUCGUUCACAAAAAGAUUUAACACGCUAUAGAAGUGUUUUACUCCAAUUAAAACAACAACAACAACAACAACAAAUAGCUGCAAAAUAA